AUGUUUAUGUUUGAAUCUUCAGAUAUUGAUAUAACAAACAAGCUCCUCGAUAUAGAUGAAAGCAAAGCUAGUAUGAUAGAAGAUCAUACUGUAUGGACAGAGGAACUAUAUAAAAGAUUAACAGAUCUCUGGAG